AUGGCCGACGAGAUCAGCAAAGCGCAGGUGGUGCAGCCGGGCAGGGACACCAUCUUUGCGAAGAUCAUGUGCAAAGAGAUCCCCGCAAAGAUUCUCUUUGAGGACGAGAAGUGCCUUGUGCUCCAUGACAUUUCCCCACAAGCUCCAACCCAUUUCUUAGCAGUUCCCAAGAAGGAGCCCUCAGAUUUCUCUGUUAACACUCUGUUAUCUCAAGUGCAAGAUUCUGAUGAAGCUCUUAUUGGACACUUAAUUACUGCGGGCAAGAAAUGUGUAACUGAAUUAGGCUUGACAAGGGGAUACCAAAUGGUGGUGAAUGAAAGGUCGAAUGGUCGUCAGUCUGUCUACCAUGUGCACCUCCAUGUCCUCAGUGGCUGUCAGAUGGGUUGGCCUCCAGGUUAA